UGACGCCACUUCUGGUCAACAUUCCUUAUUUUCUUCGUUCAAAGCUUCAGAAACAUACAAACUAAAGGAGGGCUUUUAUUGUAGCGAUGCAACAGGCUUUUAUUUUGAAACGUCCACAGGGUGAAGUCUACCGGAAACAGAAGAAGAGGUUCUGGUUGUUGUGAUCGACGGACGGUUUCAACAGCUGAAGACUCACCUGGCAAACAGGUGCGACCAGAACCAGUAGCUCCUCUCGGUGGGCGUGGUCUCUACAGUGAUGGCUCUGAUUUCUCUGGAAGACCUCAACGGAUUGGACGAUGAGCAGCUCGAUGAUGAUAUUACAGACAACCCCGAACCAAUGGAGGAUGACGACAGACUGCUGUCACACUGGCAGGCUGUUGCCAGUACCCACCAGGUGUCAGUUCCUCCAGAAAUGACUGGACCCAUACAGGAAAUGACUCGUAACAGCCAGCAGAGGGAGCCCCUCCCUUUCGUUCCAGUAUCCAGCCAUGAGAAGAUGGGAGAAGUUCUUUACGAGGAGCGUCUGUAUCCAGCAGGAAACUGGGCCUGUGUGACCCGAGGAGAAGACCUGUAUGAGCAGAGCAUCUCCAUGGCCUUCAUGAAACUGAUGCGCUUCAUCUGUAAAGAAAACUCUGCAGGUCGGUACCUGGGGAUGACGGUGCCAGUGAUCAGUAACAUCCACAUGAAGGACGACGGGAUCACUUUUAAGAAAAACGUCCUGACGGCGUUCUUUCUGCCGGCCGAGUUCCAGACCAACCCGCCCAGGCCCUCCGACCCCGACAUCACCAUCAUCCACAGGGAGCCAAUGAGAGUCGUCACCAGGACGUUUCUUGGGACGACCACGGAGGAGACGGUGACCCAUCAGAUCAACCUUCUGUGGGAGAUUCUGGGCGUCACUGAUGAACUACACAGAGAUGAAUAUAUGGUUGCCGUGUACGAGAAUCCUGGCGUACCCCGCCGCAGGAAUGAGAUCUGGUUCAUCAGACGCAAUCUGUAGAUGCCUUCCCAUCAUUCUCUUCUCCUGCCAUUCCUCUGGCUGAUUUUUAUUUUCUCUGCAUACUUCCUAGAGUUCAAUCCAACCGAUCAGGACAGGUUCGCUGGUAGGUCCUGACACUAAGCCCCGCCCCUCUGAUCCUAUAGGUUCACACUUACACUCAUCUUAAUGUCAUAUUUCUGAUGUAUACUGUUCAUCCUACCUGUACAAGUGUUAAAGGGACAACGAGGUUCUCCAAGGUCGGUUUGAUUGUGACUUUGGUGUUUUUAGCUUUAUGUUAGCUGCAGCAGAGUGGAGAACCAGAACAUUGUGGGGUAAACAGAAAACCUGACCUGUCCGUCCACACUGGAUCAGAACAUCGACUGUCCCUUAAACACGACAACACCAGGAGUCACAUUAUCAAGACCGGAAACAGCUUAGCUUAACAUAAAGACUGUAAACAGAGGGAACAGUUGGCUUAACUCGUCCACUUGAAGAUGUUCUGUCUAGUUUGUCUCAUCUGAAGAGUAAAACGUCACAUUAGUGUCGUAUUGAGCAGACCGCACUAAUCUAGACUGGACCUGGAGCCCUGAUGAGGUUCAGGUGCUGCAGUUUGAGGAUGCACUGACUGUUUAUGCUGGUUUCUAAAGUCUGUUGAAACUGAAUAUUUUUAUAAAUGUGUUCCUUUAAUCUGGGUUAAAUAUGGGUUAAUGUAAUGUAUCCUGUUUUAUAACGUGUUUGAAUCAUUCAUGUGAAAUCAUUUUUGGUGCCUGUUACUUCAACAUUUCUUGUUUUUUAACAUAUGAAAAUAAAGUUUGAUUUAAAGAGUCUG